AUGAAUCUAAGACCAAAACGUCGCCGUCCAAAAGCUUCCCCUGACGUUGAGCAUUCAAAACCAGAGUCUCUAUUGAGAAAGAAGCAGCCAUUCUUGGCAUGCAAACAGAUAGAUGUACAGAGAGAGACAGAGAGAGAUAUCUCUCAUCUGGUGAUGGAAUUGUGCUCUGGGGGAAGACUUGUCGACCAGAUGUUUAGGGAGGGCCCUUGUUCUGAACAGCGGGCUGCUAAUAUACUUAAGGAAGUGAUGUUGGUCAUCAAGUAUUGUCAUGAUAUGGGAGUUGUGCACAGAGAUAUCAAGCCUGAGAAUAUUCUGCUUACUGCUUCGGGGGAAAUAAAGCUUGCUGAUUUUGGCCUGGCCAUGAGAAUUUCUAAGGGUCAGAACUUGACGGGUUUGGCUGGGAACCCUGCAUAUGUUGCACCAGAAGUGUUGUUGGGUAGAUACUCAGAAAAGGCGGAUAUAUGGAGUGCUGGAGUGCUCCUGCAUGCUCUGUUGGUUGGUGUUCUUCCAUUUAAAGGGGAUUCACAAGAAGCAGUUUUUGAGGCUAUUAAGAAUUCCAAGCUAGAGUUCCAAACCGGGAUGUGGGAAUCAAUAUCUAAACCUGCACGAGAUCUUGUUGGGAGAAUGCUGACAAGGGAUAUUUCAGCAAGGAUAACAGCUGAUGAAGUACUUAGACAUCCAUGGAUAUCUUUCUACACAGAACAUACAUUGAAGAUCCUGCCCGUUGAAUCAAAGUUGAAGCACCAAAAUGGAGCUGCUUGCCACAACUUUGUUGCUGCACCUGAACCUAGGUUAGGAAGAAACAGGAUGGAUGAUGGGUUCCUUAAUGAGGUUUCAAGCCUUUCUUCAUCAUCUGAAAGUUGCAAUUCAGAAUAUCAUGAUGUUUGUGUGUGGAUUGAUGCACUUGCCAAUGCAAUUUCACAUGUAAGGAUAUCUGAACCAAAGAGGAGCAAGUUGUGGGCAGUUCCAAUUCAUCAGCAAGGUUUAUAUAACAUGAAGGCUAACCUCUGUAAAGCAUUUUGA